UUAAUCUUGAAUAAUGGUGGGGGAAGCCAAAAAUUGCUUAUAUGAGAAAACGGUUGGAAGUUAAAUAACGGACCACAUGCUUGGCAUCACGCUGCUGUCUCUUGAAGGGACAGAAUACUUGGUGGUGCGGUGAAUUUCUCAUCCACCUAGCAGUCAUGCAUUGUCUUGGAAUGCUCGCUUGCUUUACAGCAAGUAUAUUGCCUAGUAUAUUGUGGCAAAAGGUGUGUUACAAUGAUGUGGGCUGCUUUCCAACUGGACACCCGUGGAGGACAAUAUCAAUAAGAGAACGGUGGUUCAUCCCUCCACCACAGUCUCCAAGGGAUGUUGAUGUCACUGUCACCUUCUUCGCCAGAAAUACUGGGCUUAGAAUUGAAAACCGUGAUCUGGUGUAUCUUAGGGGAAAUAUUUAUUUCAAGGACAGUGAUUUUGACGCGAGCCGUAACAAGACGUUUUUCAUCAUACAUGGAUUCAUUGAUAAAAGGAAAGCAGAUUGGUUGAGAAUUAUGAAGAACGAACUACUUAAAAAGGAAGAUGCGAAUGUUUUUAUUGUGGAUUGGGGAAGAGGUUUAAUCGAUCUACCUCGUUAUAAGCAAGCAGUAUCGAACACACGAAUUGCAGGAGCUGAGUUAGCAAGAUUCAUCAAGCUUUUAAAUAAAGAAUACAACCUUCAGCCAGGCAACAUUCAUCUGAUUGGUCACAGUCUCGGAGCACAUGUUGCCUCUUAUGCAGCCAAGGAGAGUAUGAAAGGAAGAAUUGGGCGAAUUGGGCGAAUUACAGGUUUGGACCCGGCACAGCCUGGCUUUGAAGGCACGCCAAUUGAAGUGCGAUUAGAUAAAACUGAUGCACUAUUCGUGGACGUCUACCAUACAAAUACGCGACCAUUUCGCCUUCAAUUAGGAUUUGGAAUGAUCGAUCCUGUCGGUCAUGUUGAUAUCUAUUACAAUGGUGGGAGAAAUCAGCCCGGAUGUGGUCUACUUCAUAAUGAUAAACCAUUUUUUGAUUUUUUGGAUGAUAUUAAAAACAUACCAAACAAUGCGCUUUUGACUUGUUCUCAUUUACGUGCUCAUGAGUACUUCACAGAAUCAAUCAAUAAUGAAGGUUGUGACGUCUGGGCUGGUGAAGUCAAGUUUCUGUUUGGAAAUUCCGUCAAGUGGAAGACGUUAGGCGGACAUCUCUCGGUUCACACUUCGGUUGAAAAAUGUUCCCCGGAAACGUGCACUAUAGCAGGCUACAAAGCUGACACACCUGGCCUUCGAAGACAGGGAGUGUUUGCUGCUACUACCCGUGAUCACGCACCAUUUUGUGAUCCCAAUCAUGGGGGCAUGACUGUGGAUAAGAACAUUUUGAGCAAGAUGGAAAGAUAUACAGGGGAUGAGUCAACAAUCGAAAUAUCAUCUGAGAUUCCCCAGGUGGCAACUAUGGAAAACGAUGACAUGGAUGAACAGGCUGAUGAUUUUAUGUUCACAUCUGAGUCAGGAAGUCAGUACUUCAAUGAAGAUGAUUUGUAUGAAAUAGUCACAAGUAGACAUUGAUGCAAUCUUCUCACUCUCGCAUCUUAAGAAAUUGCGCUUUUUAUAGAAGGUUUACAAGCAGGAUACUGGAGAAAAUAAUGUUAUUGAUGACAAUUGAAUAAAAGUUUACCAUUGAAGAAAUCACA